AUGGAUGAGCUACUAUCAUCUCUAAUUAACUUUCAAGUAAAAGAAGAGUUAAAAAACAGUAGUAAUAUUAGUGAUAGAAAUGAAAUUCAUAAACAUAUUUUAAAGUUUAUUGAACAUAGUGUUGUAGAAUUUGAUAGAUCAAGUUAUGACCAGUUUAAAGAUAAAUCAUAUAUAACAUCACUUGAAUGGCAUGGUGAUCAACUACCAGAUAAAAAUGAAUUUCCACCAUUUUUGAAAAAUUUAGAUUUGUGCGGUUUUAAUAAAAUGUUAACUCCAACAACUUUACCAAAUACAAUUACAACACUCAUAUUUGGUGAUGAUUUUAACCAAGUGGUUCCACCGGGAACAUUACCAAAUAAUCUCACAACACUCACAUUCGGUUAUUAUUUUAACCGAGUAAUUCUACCCUGCACAUUACCAAAUAGUCUCACAACACUCACAUUCGGUCAUGAUUUUAACCAAGUAAUUCUACCCGGCACAUUACCAAAUAGUCUUACAACACUCACAUUUGGUUAUGAUUUUGACCAAGUAGUUCCACCCGGCACAUUACCAAAUAGUCUUACAACACUCAAAUUCGGUGGUUAUUUUAACCAGGUAUUUCUACCCGGCGCAUUAUCAAAUAGUCUCACAACACUCAAAUUCGGUCGUUAUUUUAACCAAGUAAUUCUACCCGACUUAUUACCAAAUAGUCUCACAACACUCACAUUCGGUAAAGAUUUUAACCAAGUAAUUCUACCCGGCACACUACCAAAUAAUCUCACAAAACUCAAAAUCUGUUAUUAUUUUAACCAAGUAGUUCUACCCGGCACAUUACCAAAUAAUCUUACAACACUCACAUUCGGUGGUGACUUUAACCAAGUAGUUCCACCUGGUACAUUACCCAAUAGUCUAACAACACUCACAUUCGGUGAUGAUUUUAACCAAGUAGUUCCACCCGGCACAUUACCAAAUAGUCUCACAACACUCACAUUUGGUCGUGAUUUUAACCAAGUAGUUCUACCCGACACAUUACCAAAUAGUCUCACAACACUCACAUUUGGUCGUAAUUUUAACCAAGUAAUUCUACCUGGCACAUUACCAAAUAGUCUAACAACACUCACAUUCGGUAGUGAUUUUAACCAAGUAGUUCUACCCGGCAUAUUACCAAAUAAUCUUACAACACUCACAUUCGGUGGUGAUUUUAACCAAGUAGUUCCACCCGGCUCAUUAUCAAAUAGUCUCACAACACUCACAUUUGGUUAUGAUUUUAACCAAGUAAUUCUACUCGGCUCAAUACCAAAUAAUCUCACAACACUCACAUUCGGUCAUUGUUUUAACCAAGUAGUUCCACCCGGCACAUUACCAAAUAGUCUUACAAAACUCACAUUUGGUCUAGUUCUACCCGGCACAUUACCAAAUAGUCUCACAACACUCAUAUUCGGUAAUGAUUUUAACCAAGUAGUUCUACCUGGCACAUUACCAAAUAAUCUCACAACACUCACAUUCGGUCAUUGUUUUAACCAAGUAGUUCUACCUGGCACAUUACCAAAUAGUCUCAGAACACUCACAUUCGGUGAUGAUUUUAACCAAGUAGUUCCACCCGGCACAUUACCAAAUAAUCUCACAACACUCACAUUCGGUCGUGAUUUUGACCAAAUAGUUCAACUUAGGACAUUACCCAAUAAUCUCACAACUCUCACAUUCGGUUUUUAUUUUAACCAAGAAGUUCUACCUGGAACACUACCAAAUAGUCUCACAACACUCACAUUCGGUCGUUAUUUUAACCGAGUAGUUCCACCUGAAUCUAUUUUAUCAAUGAACCCAGUCAAAGAUGCCUCAUCUAAAUCAUUGAAAAGUUCAUCUAAUUCUUGGUUUGGAAAUAUAUGA